GUCUCCUCAGGGGGCGGAGCCUCUGAAAUGUGCGGGCCGGUACUACUAUUUAAGCACCCCUGGCACGUGCGAUCCCUAGCCAUGGCUCUCAGACGCUUCCUUUCCUCGUUGAGUCCCCGCACGCCCGGCUUCGCGCCGUUGUCCACUGCGCCAGUGGCCCGCGAGCGGCCCACCGCAGGCCCGGGGGCCCAGCCGGGAUGCGGGGCGGGCGAGACAGUGCGGCCGCCGGUGCCCGCCGUGGAUUUUGGCAACCCACAGGAGGCCUAUCGCAGCCGGCAUAGCUGGGAGCUGGCGCGCAGCCUGCUGGUGCUGCGCUUGUGCGCCUCGCCCACGCUGCUAGCGCACCACGAGCAGCUGCUCCACACUGCCAGGAAACUAGUAGGGCAGAGACUGUUCGAUAAGCUGAUGAAGAUGACUUUCUAUGGGCAUUUUGUGGCUGGUGAGGAUGAGGAGUCCAUUCGACCCCUGAUCCAGCACAACAGGGCCUUUGGCGUUGGCUGCAUUUUGGACUACGGAGUGGAAGAAGAUCUGAGCCCCGAGGAGGCGAAGCACAAGGAGAUGGAGUCUUGCGCCUCUGCAGCCGAGAGGGAUAGCAGUGGCACCGAUAAGAGGGAAAAGCAUUACCAAGCCCACCAUGCCUUUGGAGACCGUAGGGAUGGUGUUGUCAGUGCCCACACGUACUUUUAUGCCAAUGAAGCCAAGUGUGACAGCUACAUGGAGAACUUCCUGCGCUGCAUCGAAGCCUCAGGUGGAGCCAGCAAUGAUGGCUUCUCAGCCAUUAAGCUUACUGCACUGGGGAGACCCCAGUUUCUGCUGCGGCUCUCAGAUGUGCUGACCAAGUGGAGACGGUUCUUUCACCAAAUGGCUGCAGAGCAAGGGCAGGCUGGGCGUCCUGCCAUGGAUAUGAAGCUAGAAGUGGCAGCGCUGCAGGAAAGUAUUGUGAAGAUGGGCAUUGCAUCCAGGGCUGAGAUAGAAGACUGGUUCACACCAGAGACCCUGGGAGUGUCUGGCACUGUGGACCUGCUGGACUGGAACAGCCUCAUCAACAGCAGGACCCGGCUCUCUAGGCACCUGAUGGUCCCCAACAUGCAGACAGGACAGCUGGAGCCGCUGCUGUCACGGUUUACUGAGGAGGAAGAGCUGCAGAUGACACGGAUGCUACAGAGGAUGGAUGUGCUGGCCAAGAAAGCCAUGGAUGUGGGUGUGUGGCUGAUGAUAGAUGCUGAGCAGUCCUACUUCCAGCCAGCCAUCAGCCACCUGACACUGGAAAUGCAGCGCAAGUUCAGUGUGGAGAAGCCACUCAUUUUCAACACAUAUCAGUGCUACCUCAAGGAUGCCUAUGACAAUGUGACCCUGGAUGUGGAGCUGGCUCGCCGGGAAGGCUGGUGCUUUGGGGCCAAGCUGGUGCGUGGUGCAUACAUGGCCCAGGAGCAUGCCCGUGCCUCGGAGAUUGGCUAUGAGGACCCCAUCAACCCCACUUAUGAGGCCACCAACACCAUGUACUACAGGUGCCUCAACUAUGUUCUGGAGGAACUGAAGCACAACUCAAAGGCCAAGGUCAUGGUGGCUUCUCACAAUGAGGACACAGUGUGCUUCACACUACGAAGGAUGGAGGAGCUGGGCCUGCAUCCCUCUGACCGCCAGGUGUACUUCGGACAGCUGCUGGGCAUGUGUGACCAAAUCAGCUUCCCACUGGGUGUACAAUUCAGCGGCAUUAAGUACAGAGAAUUUUGAAAGCAGCAAGUGCAAAGUGACUCAUCACAUACAAAGAAGCUUCUACAAGAUUAUCAGUGGAUAUCUCAGCAGGAACCCUGCAGUCCAGAAAGUACUGGGAUGAUAGCACUUAAAGUGCUAAAAAAGAAAAGAAACAAAAACCCUGCCAAUCAAGAAUCCAGCAAAAUUGUUAUUCAGAAAUGGAGAAAUUAAGACAUUCCUAGGUAAACAAAAGCUGAAGGAGUUUAUUGCUAUUAGACCUGGCUGACAAGAAACACAAAGGGCUGGGUGGUGAAUAUUGCUGCCAAGUGCCAUUCAACAGAAAGGCAGGCUUGUAAAAACAUUAUCGUGUGUCCCUGCCCACCUCAUUCACUGGAUAUGGCACCAGUAACUUCUGGCUCUUCUUCAAAGUCAAAAUGAUCAUGAGAGGUAAAAGUUUGAAUUGAUUCUGAACCUUGAGGCAGCCACAACAAUGCUCCUACAGACACUCAUGAAAGAAGGCUUCCAGAACUGCUUCAGAAAGUGGCAGGAACAAUGGGAUAAAGGUGUUUGAAGCAAGAGGGUGUGUUUUGAGGGGGAUUAAUGGCAAUGUGUCUUUUACUAUAAUAAAAUUUUAAAAAUUCA